GUACGACAUUUACUCCGUGCACUCCAGUGUUUGACUUUGUAGUGGAGUGCUUCCUGUUUCCUCUGAGGGUGGGUGGCUGCAGCUUUCAUUCACUUUGUUAACCGCGAACAUGUUUCUAAAGCAGCUGUGUGCUGCUCACAGUGUGCUGACACGGUGUGUUUGUCCUGUGUCCUCCCGAACAGGUCACCUGUCACUGUUGCCGCUCCGCGCGCACACCGCAGGACUCCACACUCAGACUCCUCAGCUGAACUCCAACAGGACGGCAGUGGUACGCUGUGGUCGGCAGAAGUAUGAGAGACUGUACCCUGUGAUGCUGGUCUGCUCUGAUGGAUCUACAGUCAACAUCAGAUACAAAGAACCCAGACGGAUCCUCACGAUGCCGGUCAAUCUGUCCACCUUGUCUGAAGAAGAGCGUCGAGCUCGACAGAAGAAGAGAGAAGUGAAGAAGACGAUAAAACAGACAGCAGUCCACUAUGAAGAUGAUUUCAAAGUUGAUGAAUACAGUCAAUUCUGGAAGAAGAAAUGAUGUCUUUAUAUGUGAAUGUAAAGCAGACGGGUUAGCUGACUCUUACUUACUCUUAACUUUCUGUUUGUACACAGUAUGUUUAAAGUGGAUUGUUUUCAUGAAAGUGGUAAUUCCUCCAGAUGGGGGGACAGUGAAAGCAGACUAAUGGCAUGUUUUUAGCAGGAUGACUGUCUAAACACAUUGUGUAGCAGCAAGAGCUGUGCUGCUUUCCUUCAACUGUUAAUAACUAAGUCGAGUGUCAGUUUUAUAGCUGGGAACUGUACUGUUUAUCCGUGUAAUGAAUUUUCAUAGAACACAAAUAUUGUUUGUUGAUAAAUGGGCCAUUAAAGAAACAGAGGCA